UCAUCCUCGCCCUGUCCCUGCUACAACUUCGAAGACGGACUGUUUCUGGAGUGCCCGGGAGCCACGGUGCAGAUCCUGCGCGAGGUUCUGCUGCAAGUGGCCGGUCCCGUGCAGUCGCUCAGCAUCUAUGACCUCGACGAGCAGGUGACAGCGCUUCAGGCCGAGCUGUUCCCGCCUGGCGCCGUGAUCCGCCAUCUGCAGAUCUCGCACUCCAGCCUGGCGGAGCUCGCGGACAAAAGCCUUGUCGAGCUGCAGCACGGCCUCGAGUCGCUCAGCCUCGUGUCCGGCCGCCUACAGCAGGUACCGCAGAAGGCCCUGUCGGGCCUCACAGAGUUAAGGGCACUUGAUCUGGAGGCCAAUGAAAUCACAGACCUGCCCAGCUAUAGUUUGUACGGACUCCACCUCUCCAAGUUGAACCUCAAGGGGAAUCUCCUGCAGAAGACCAGCGAGUACGCCUUCGCGGGGCUGGAGGAAUCGCUCACCGAACUCGACCUGGCCGAGAACAAGCUUCAGAGUUUCCCGAUGGCGGCUCUGCGCAGGCUAGAGCAUUUGCGCUCGUUGCGGAUGGCCUGGAACGAGAUCGGAGACAUUCCUAACGACGGGUACUCGCGCUUGGCCGCGCUGCUGUUCCUGGACCUGAGCUCCAAUAAUUUUGAAACCGUCCCAUCCGACUGCUUCCACCCCAUGCCAGCUCUCCGCACUCUGUCGCUCUACUAUAACUCCAUCGAGACUGUGCAGAGUGACGCCUUCGUGUCGCUUCUGGAACUGGAGUCCGUGGACUUGAGCCAUAACAAAGUUGUGUUCCUGGACGGUGCGACGUUUCACAGCAACAAGAAACUUCGCACUGUGGACCUCAGUCACAACCACAUCCACUACAUCAGCGGCGUGUUCGCGAGCCUGCCGGAGCUGCGGGAACUCUUCCUUUCUGAGAAUAACAUUCUGGAGUUGCCUGCCGACGCCUUCACGGACUCUGCGCUCCUGACUGUCGUCUACCUGCAGCAGAACGCCAUCCGUCGCGUCGACCCAGAAGCUUUGUUAUCACUCCCUAACCUGGCGCAACUCCACCUCAGCUCUAACUUCAUCAGGACUAUCCCUAGAGACUGGUUUGCGACGGGUCACAAGCUCACUUCCCUGAGCCUGGACGGCAACUGGCUGGAGGGACUAGAACCGGGGACAUUCAGGAACUUGAACAGCUUGCGGGAACUGCGACUGCAGAAUAACCGGCUUGUGGAGAUCGGACGCGGUGUGUUCGAUCCUCUGCCGGCUCUCUUGGAGCUCCACCUGCAGAACAACCUCAUCAGCAGCAUCGAGUCUGGAGCCUUCAGGAGCUUGCAGAGUCUACAGCACGUGAACCUGCAGGUCAGUACUUCUCCGGAUCUGACUUUUUUUUUUCAACUGCCACAGUCGUUUGUCAUUAAUUCUGGAUCAUAAAUCAUCAAAUACCAAA